AUGGCAAUCAAGGUGAAGUAUCAGGUGCAUAAAAACUGGUUUGGUGACCCGUGCGGUCCGGAGACUGUUAUGGUGUGGGACAGGUUGACAUGUAGCUACGCCACUGCAAGGCCCCCAAGGAUUAUACGCUUAGACUUGUCCUUGAGAGGUCUGAACGGUGAUAUCUCAUCUUCUUUCACCGAUCUCAAAGCUAUCCAGUACUUGAAUCUAUCAAACAAUAACUUGGUAGGAUCAAUUCCAGAUGCCCUUUCGCAGUUAACUUCAUUGACAGUUCUAGAUUUGUCACACAACCAGCUCAAUGGAGCAAUCCCAUCUAGACUUCUCAAAAGAGUUGAAGACGGCUCACUGAAUCUAAGAUAUGGCAACAAUCGAGACCUUUGCGCCAAUGACAAUUCAUGUCGGUUGGCAACUAAACGAAAGAGCAAUCUGGCCAUCUACAUUGCCGUCCCUGUGGUUGUGUCCAUGAUAGUGGUGAUAGUAGUGGUAGUACUCUUGUGCUCGCUAAGAUGGAAGAGACAAGGAUCAAUGAAUAACUCCGUGGAGCCACAAAAUGAAGCCACGACGAGCUAUGUGUCGGGAAACAAUGCUCAUAGGGACAGUUUUCCACUGCAUCAACUUGAGAGUCGCCGGUUCACAUACGAAGAGCUCAAGAUGAUAACAAACAACUUCCAACGAGUACUUGGCCAGGGAGGGUUUGGGUACGUCUAUGAUGGUUUUCUGGAGGAUGGCACUCAGGUGGCGGUAAAGUUACGGUUUCAUUCUUCCAGUCAAGGUUUCAAGGAGUUCCUUGCAGAGGCUCAUAUUUUAACACGGAUUCAUCACAAAAAUCUUGUCACCAUGAUUGGUUACUGCAAGGAUGGGGAGUACAUGGCACUCGUCUACGAGUAUAUGUCAGAGGGAACACUACAUGAGCAUCUUGAAGGAAGCAAACACAAUGGAGGAUGUUCAUUGUGGAGACAAAGACUCCGAAUUGCACUUGAAUCUGCACAAGGGUUGGAGUAUCUACACAAGGGGUGCGAUCCGCCUAUAAUUCACAGGGAUGUAAAGGCCACCAACAUCCUCUUGAACGCGAGGUUAGAGGCUAGGAUUGCUGACUUCGGCUUAUCCAAGCCUUUCAUUGGCGGCAAUGACUACGUGUCCACAACGACACUCGUUGGCACACCCGAAUAUGUCGACCCGGAGUACCACGCGACGAUGCAGCUAACAGCCAAGAGCGACGUGUACAGUUUCGGCGUCGUGCUGCUGGAACUGGUCACUGGGAAACCUGCCGUAGUGCGGGAGGCAGUACCCAUCAGCAUUAGUCAUUGGUCACGACAACGGAUGGCGCAGGACAACAUUGAAAGUGUGGUUGAUGCACGUAUGUGUGGCAUUUACAAUGUCAACAGUGUAUGGAAAGUGGUGGAAAUUGCACUAAAGUGCACUGCAUAUGUGUCGCCGCAACGACCCACCAUGAGCGAUGUGGUGGCUCAACUGCAAGAAUGCAUUGAGCUUGAGGAAGGCUGCACCAUUAAAGCUGGGAACAAUGGCUUCUAUAUGAGUGGUGGCAGUGACAACCCAGACUUGAGUUAUAAUGCGUAUAUUGCUGACCAGUCCAAUGAUAGCAUACAUUUCAAAUUGAACACGAUGUCAAGAGGGGAUCUAGAUGAGAUAUUGAAACAUAUUGCUUUUGGUGAAGUGAGUGCACAUGCUGUACUGAUAUAUCCGAACACAUAA